AUGAUAUAUAGAGGUUUUUCAACUUCAAGAUCUAGAGAGGGUUUAAGAUUAACAAUCAUUGGUGCACCAGGCUCAGGUAAAGGUACUCAAUCAGAAAAAUUAAAGAAUGAUUAUAAUGUUCAACCAAUUUCUACUGGACAAAUUUUACGUGAAGUAUCACAAGAGGAUAGUGAAUUAGGUAGAUCAAUUAGUUCAAAAUUGGCUGCAGGUGAAUUAAUUUCAAAUGAUAUUAUGUUAAAUAUAAUUGAAAAAGCUUUAGAUGAUAAAUCUAACUGGUUAUUAGACGGUUACCCAAGAAAUCCAGAACAAGCAGAACAUUUAGAUAGAUUUUUAACUAAAAAGAAUAUACCCUUAAGUUUAGUAUUAUAUUUAGAUGUACCAGAAGAUGUAUUGGCAGAAAGAGUUCAAGAUAGAUGGGUACAUCCAGGCAGUGGCAGAGUAUAUAAUAACAUCUUUUCACCACCAAAAGUUAAAGGCAUUGAUGAUGUCACUGGAGAACCAUUAGUACGUAGAUCUGAUGAUAAAGAUAUUGAAGUUUUUAAACACAGAAUCGAUACUUUCAAGCAAAGCACAAUUCCACUAUUAAAGUAUUAUGAAAGUAAAGGUAUCCUUUAUACAAUUGGUUCACCAAAUUCCACCGACGGUUAUGUAAAAAUUAAAGAGGUUUUGACUAAAUUUAUAAAAACAAAUUAA